GAGGCGGAGACGCGGGCCGAGCGACGGCGCGCGGCUGUUGUCGUGAGCAACAUGGCGGCGUCCAGGAGCACCUGAGCGCCCUGUGUGGGGAGGCGGGGAGAGGUGUCCGUACAGCCCGAGCGUUCUAGGGGGUUGCUCGGGAUCUCUUGGCUGCUGCUCCUCUUAGGUUUCCGGGUGCCAUGUGGAGGAGAAGCUGCCUCCUGCUGCGGGACGGGGGACGCCGUCUUGUGCAACGCGCCCCGGGUGGCCUUCCUGACGCCGGCGUGGGGCCCGAGCCCAGGUUCCAGUUCCAGUUGCAGCGCCCGGCCCGGCCCUACGCGCCCCCGACAGAAAGGAAGAGGUUUUAUCAGAAUGUCAGCAUCACCCAGGGUGAAGGUGGCUUUGAGAUAAACCUGGACCAUCGGAAGUUGAAAACUCCCCAAGCCAAGCUCUUUACUGUCCCCAGUGAGGCUCUGGCCAUUGCAGUAGCCACUGAAUGGGACUCCCAGCAGGACACCAUCAAGUUCUACACCAUGCACCUGACUACACUGUGCAACACAUCUUUAGACAACCCAACCCAGCGAAGCAAGGACCAGCUGAUCCGGGCAGCUGUGAAGUUUCUGGACACCGACACCAUCUGCUACAGGGUGGAAGAGCCAGAGACAUUAGUGGAACUUCAAAAGAACGAGUGGGACCCAAUCAUAGAGUGGGCCGAGAAAAGAUACGAUGUGGAGAUCGGCUCCUCCACUAGUAUAAUGGGGCCCAACAUCCCAGCCAGGACUCGGGAGGUGCUCACUAGCCACUUGGCAUCGUACAAUAUGUGGGCCUUACAAGGGAUUGAGUUUGUAGUGACCCAGCUCAAGUCCAUGGUGUUGACUUUGGGCCUGAUUGACUUGCAUCUGACAGUGGAGCAGGCCGUGCUUCUGUCACGCCUAGAGGAGGAGUACCAGAUCCAGAAGUGGGGCAACGUUGAGUGGGCCCACGACUACGAGCUGCAGGAGCUGCGUGCCCGCACUGCUGCCGGCACCCUCUUUGUCCAUCUCUGCUCCGAGAGCAAGACAGUCAAACACAAACUCCUGCAGGAGUGAGGACUGAGGGGUACACACCAGCAGGACACUGGCUGUAAGGCUUCAGGUCACCCCUGCCUGUAGGCUUCCCUGCUCUGUCUCUACAAGGCAUCACUUCAGAUGCCCAAGACACAGUACAGAUGUCAGGAGGAUGGGAGCUGGAAUGUCUGCUCCUGCCCCAGCCAGCAGUGUGAGGGAGAUGAGUUGGAGGAGUGACUUCCUCAACCCUGAUUUGAAUAAAUAGUUCUCUUCGCUGGC